AUGGAUUAUUUCACUAAAUGGGUAGAAGCACAAGGUUUUGUUAAGAUUAAUACACAUGUUAUGAUAAAUUUCCUAGAAGAAAAAAUCUUCACAAGAUUUGGGAUUCUAGAAACCAUAACCUUUGAUCAGGCUACAAUGUUUAGACACCCUGAUUUAUUGGAUUAUCUUACCCUAUUUGGGAUCACUAAGUUGCAUUCAACAACUUACUAUGCACAAGAUAAUGGUCAAGCUGAGGCUACUAACAAGAUCAUAGUAAAAGUAAUCUCAAAAAUGGUGGAUAAUAAUCCUAGAAAGUGGGAUGAAUUGUUGCUAUAUGCUCUAUGGGCCUACAGGACCUCUAAAAGAGAAGCAACCAGAGUUACUCCUUUCAACUUAGUUUAUGGACAUACUCCAGUAAUCCCUGCUAAGAUAAAUAUAAGGUCUUCCCGAGUAGCCUGA